AUGCGAUUUUUAUGCUAAUUAAUUUUUGAUAAAUUUAUUUAUUUACUUUUAUAAAUAUCUAAAUAAAUCUUUUUAUUUAUUGGAAUAUUAGCUAAAAUAUACUUCUUGAUUAAGGUAUUUCAGCUAUUGGGUAAGUAUGAAAUUUUUAAUUUAUUUGCACUAAUUAAUUUUUUUUAUAAUAAUAAAAUAAAAUAUUUAAAAAAUGGAAGUAAUUAAUUUGAUUUUUAAAUUUAUAAAAGUGGUAAUGUGAUUGCUAAUGAAGGGUUAUUAUAAUUUGGAAAUUAUUUAGAAAACUGUAGAAGUAUAUAAACUUUAAUACUAUUUCUUCAAGUUAGUACAGGCAAUCUAUUGUAAACUUUUGCUCAUAAUUUAGGAAAACUCUUACAACUAUAAAAAAUUAACCUUUACAUAUCAGAGAGCUAAGUAAGAGCUUAGGAUGCAGCAUACAUAUAUGCUUUAUAAAAAAAAUAACACUUAGAAAAUUCUUAAUAAAAAAAUAUUUUUUUUUCAACAAAAAUUUAUUUAAUCUUUCAUAUUUUAUUUUUAAUUAAUUUUUAAAAUUUGAUAUUUAAUCUAUUAAUUUAAAGCAAAAAUAUUAUUGGAUCAGAAUAUGUUGAUUCUUUUAGUUAGGCUGUUGAUAAACUUAGGAGCUUGACAAGUUUAUCACUCAAUUUAGCAAGCAAUAACAUCUAAGACAACUAAGUGGAAAGUCUAUUAUCUGGAUUAGCAAAUUACUCUAAAAUGAGCUUUUUGAGAUUAGAGCUCUCGUAAAAUAUGAUCAGUGAUGAAGGAGUAUUAAAUCUUGGAUCUAUUUUAACGAAAUGCAAAAGUUUAACAAAGCUUAUUUUAAGUGUUGUAUCUAACCAUAUUAGUGAUCCUUCAGGCCUAGUAAAGAUUGUUAAUUUUUCAAAAAAAUUAUGUUACUAAAAUAAUUUAAUUACAUUAAAAAAUUAAUUAUUAAACAAAAAUUACCAAAUUAAAUUAUUUUAAUAAUUAAUUAAAAACAUAUUAAAAGUAAUAAUAGAAUGA